GGGCAGCAAGCAGAAGUGUGUCAGACUUUAGGGUGCAUGUGCACAUUUCUUCUUUAGAACCAAGAUUCUUUCUUAGAGACAUUUUCUUUCUUUCCUUCUGUAAAGCAUUUACUCUGCUGCCAGUAGAAGCAAAGAAAACUUAAAUUGGUUUCUCAAAAUUAACUCCACAGAACAGCUGCACACAUUACGGACUGUCAAGGACCCCGUGGAACCUUACUUUUCUCUCAUGGUUGCUUUUGUAUUUUUCCUGUAGUCCUGACUUUUGCUUGACACAAACAUGCGCAGACUUUUGAGGAUAGCAUUUUUGCUCUGUGUCAAAUUGGUGGACACUGCAAAUGGGAAUACAGGACUAAUGCCUAAAAGAGAGACAGCAGCUUCCUCCUGCUACGGGGGUUUUGACCUGUACUUUGUACUAGACAAAUCAGGAAGUGUGCAGCAUCACUGGAAUGAAAUAUAUAACUUUGUGGAACAUCUGGCCCAUAAGUUCAUAAGCCCUCAGUUGCGGAUGUCCUUCAUUGUAUUCUCUGAUCAGGGCAAUAUUUUGAUGUGGCUUACAGAAGACAGGGACCAAAUUCGGAAAGGUUUGGAGGAACUCCAUAAAGUUCGACCAGGUGGAGACACGUUUAUGCAUGAAGGCAUUCAGCGGGCCAGUGAACAGAUUUACUAUGGAAACUCUGAGGGAUAUCGCACAGCCAGUGUGAUCAUCGCCCUCACAGAUGGAGAACUGCACGAAGAUCUCUUCUAUUAUGCUGAGAGAGAGGCCGAUCGCUCUCGUAGCCUGGGUGCCUCUGUGUACUGUGUAGGAGUGAAGGAUUUCAAUGAGACUCAGCUGGCCAAGAUUGCUGACAGCAAAGACCAUGUCUUUCCAGUAAAUGACGGCUUUGAAGCUCUUCAAGGUGUCAUUGGUUCGAUCUUGAAGAAAUCAUGCAUAGAAAUCCUUGCUGCUGAACCUUCCAGUAUCUGUGCUGGAGAGGCGUUCCAAGUCGUCGUGAGAGGAAACGGAUUCCUUCAUGCUAGAAAUGUGGACAAGGUUCUUUGCAGCUUCAGAAUAAACGACACCCUUACCAGAAUGGUGAAGCCAUUGGUGGUGGAGGACACAUAUCUGCUCUGUCCAGCUCCUGUUCUUCGAGAGGAGGGAACGGCAGCCUCCCUUUACGUUAGCAUGAAUGAAGGCUUGAGUUUUAUCUCUAGUUCUGUUACUAUCACCACUGUAAGAUGUUCUGAUGGUACGAUCCUGGCCAUAGCGCUACUGAUAGUGAUGCUACUGCUAAUUCUGGCUCUCCUCUGGUGGUUUUGGCCUCUCUGCUGCACAGUGAUUAUCCAUGAACCUCCACCACCAGUAGUUGAAGAUAGUUCGGACGAUGAAGAGGAUGGAACUCCGAAGAAGAAGUGGCCAACAGUGGACGCGUCCUACUAUGGAGGAAGAGGAGUUGGCGGUAUUAAAAGAAUGGAGGUUCGCUGGGGUGAGAAAGGUUCAACCGAGGAGGGUGCUAAACUGGAAAAGGCAAAGAAUGCGAGGGUAAAGAUGCCUGAGCAAGAGUUUGAAGUUCCUCCUUCUCGCAUCCUAAACAAUGGCAUGCGGAAACCUCCAGGCCCUCGUAAAUGGUACUCACCCAUCAAGGGAAAACUGGAUGCAUUGUGGGUACUUCUGAAGAAAGGGUAUGACAGAGUGUCCAUCAUGCGACCACAACCUGGAGACAAGGGUCGCUGUAUGAACUUCACACGCAUUAAGUCUAGUCCCCCUCCACGCUAUCCAUCCUACAACCACCAUUCUUCACCCAUCUACACCCCUCCAUGCACCCUUAGCCCACCCCCUCCUCAGGGCCAGCUCCCCCCUCCUCCACAUAGUCCACCCACCUCCCUGUCCUCCGGAAUACCUUUGGCACCAUCUACGCCCCCACCUCACGCCAUCAACCCAUCUCCACCCAUCACUCCUCCACCAUCCUAUUCUCCACCCCCUGUCUGGUCCUCAUCUCCUAACACUCUCUACUUUUCUCCGCCCACAUCUCUGCCCUCUCUUCCACCAUCUCCUCCUGCCUCACUGCCCCCUCCGCCUCAAGCCCCGCCUCCAGGAAGAGCUCCUCCUCCAGAUCGCCCACCUCCACGGCCUUGUGUGUAAUGUGAAACAUUUUGUAUGGGACUACUACAAGGACUGGAAGUAAACAGGAAACAUACAUUUUCCAUAUCCUCUUCAAGAUUCCGUUGCUGUGUGGCCUAAUGCAAUAAACCGUGAUUCAAAGAUCACCUGUGGCAUCAAGGGCAUUUGCUCCUGUGAAAGAGCAAUGAAAUGGAAUACAAGCCACCAUGAAACUCUAUAGGGAGCAACAAUCAGAAUCACACCAGGCAUUGCAAAGAAAUGGAAAAUCCACACAGAGUUCCUCAGCAGAUGCCAUUUGUGAGUUCAACCAAGCUUAGAGAAUGGAAGUGGCUGGUUCCAUUAAUGGAUUCAUGGAUGUUUCACAGUUGCAUGCACAUGGGACAUUUGGCGGGCUUUCUCAUUCGGAGCAAUUGAGAAAAUCUAUGCACAUUUUUGGGUCCACCAUAUACACGUCUUCUUCAUUAAAUGGCAGAACUAAACAUUGUGUCUCAUUUACUAAAAAUUCCAUGGGUUACACUUAUAUGCACAGAAAACAAUUCUGCCAGAUUUAAAACUAUGUACAUAAAUUGGUUUUUAACUUCAUAAUUUUGAAAAACCGCAUUCCCUUAUUUACUAAUUUGCAUAAACACACCCAUCUCCAUUUAAGGGGUUAUGUACUAUAGAACGCAACAGUCAUGUUCCAGAAGUAAAAAUGCCAUUCAUUAGCUAUGUUUCCACCCACCUAUUUUUAUGCACAUUUUGAGAUAUUGGACAAAAAAUAAACUCUGAUUGGAAAUAAAUGCACAUAAAUUCUAAAAAUGCACAUAAAAAAACGUAUGCGCUCAACUGAGUCUGAUACAUUUUUUAUACAAUAAGAAAACAUGCACAUAAACUAUGAUGGCAACACAUUUACAGAAUAAAUCCAUCGAUGUGCAUUAAAAAAAAGUCAUGUAACCUAGCACAAUGACCACAUUUAUUGCAUUUUGUCAGAGCUGUCCGAGGCACAAGUAAUUUAUUAUAUAUCAAAAAAGACUAAAAAAAAGUGGCUUCUUCUACUGCAGCAAAUUACCUUAUUUUUUAUAUGUGGUGCUAGUGUAUCAGGAAGUGACCAUUUUUGUUCUCUUUGUCUCGCUGUAUGGAAACAGUGCUUUAUUCACAAAUGUUUUAUGCAAUAUUCCAAUUUUGUACAUCAGUUAAAUUCGCAGCUUUGGAUAGAUAUAGCUAUUUUCUCCACAGGGAAACUUUUUACCAAUAACCUUAAUAAACCUUUAGAGACAGACACACUGUUAGCUCAGAGGUUGUUAAUCAAUGGUUUUGAUUACACUUUUGUUGAACCCAUCUGUUCACAUUGAUUCAACAUAUUGUUAAAAUAAUCUUAAAAGCAUAAUUAUUGGUGAAAAACUACAUUACCCCAAAUACUGUGCAAAUACAUGCUAAUGAAGCAACUCUAAAAAAUAACCAAGUCGGCUAAAUACUAUAUAUAUAUGUGUGUGUGUUUGUUGCAAUGAAAUUUACAUACAGUAUUUAACUUUAUAUAAGUAUACAGCUUUAAUAUUUUUAUUUUCAAAUUUUCCAUAGUUUUUAAUCGAUUUAUGUCAUUUGCAAUGGUUUAUAGUAUUGUCAUUCUUUCCCUCACUCUUUCUGUCUGAUUUUAAUGUACUUUUUUUGCUUCAAGUAAAAGUUUGUAGUGCUGAAAAAAAGAGGGCAAAAUACUUCUGGAACCAGAGCUGCUGAAAAAAUGGGUGGGCACAAAUGCACUCUAUUGAAGCGUACAUAUGAUUUCAGUUGGUUUUAAAUUUUACAGUAAAUUUUUAAUUUUGAAUUAGUACAUGCUGAUGAAUCACUAUUUCUACAUGAAAAUGUAUCAACACAAAUUUUACUCACAACUGUGCGGUACCCGCAGUUAGUAAAUGAGACCCAAAUGAUUUUGAAUCAUUCAUUAUGCUAAAGAUUGUCUUUCAAAAUUCAAUGAUUUCAACAUUUUAUUAUAUUAAUUUUUUGGGGGGGGGGGGGGGGGGGGGUAUAAUACGGCUGUUUCUUUUUCAGGUAAUUGACAUUUAUUUGUGCAAUAGUGGUUUUAGAGGUUUUAAUUUGAUUUGGGAUUGGGGUUGGGGGGAGGGGUGGCAUGUUGCUUUUUGGUCUUUACAUUAAUUCACAAAGUACCUGACUAUAAUGAAUUUAAGGAAUAGUUCAUGCAAAAAAAAAAAAGAAACUGUGGUACUAUUCUAUGAUGAUGAACUUGAUGUUUCAUUUUGGGCUGUUUUUUAAUGGUGAUGUAUGUUUAAGAGACUAAGGUGUUUAUGGGCAUGGACUUGAAACAUCGGAGCAAAAUCUAAAAUGUUUGUAGACUAAGCAACAUCACCUUACUUUGCACAUGUCACAGAUGUAAUGGUGUAUGGGUGCAUUAUUAAAAGAUUCUAGUACAAAUGAUCAUGCAUUACAAAUGCUGUAUGUAUAAAUCUAUAUAUCCCAGUGUUGGUUUUUUACAUAAGGUUUUCUUUUUGUGUGUGGGUGUCUUUAUAAUAUAUAUAUAUAUACACACUGUUGUGGUGUGAUUGAGACAUUGAAUAAUGCAGACGCAAGUUCUAAUUUCUGCUUUUUUAUAAUUAACCACAGCAGAAGGUUACAAAUAGCCUUUCAAAUUGGAAAUUAUUUCUGCUAAAGAAGCUAUGUACAAUCCAGAAUCCAACACAUUUGAUAUAUGAGUUUGUUUUUGUUCAUAAAUCCAUGUUGUAUAUAACGUUGUCAUAAUACAUCACAGAGUCAACUUCCACAAUCCUUUGCUUUUAAAGGACUCUUGUCAUUUUCUGUUGAGUCUAAGUUAUUGCAGUGCCACUGUGAUGCCAAUGUUGUGAUGCCAAAACCCUGUUUUGAUGAAGGUUUAUGGGUAAUUAAUAGCAGAGAAAUCAUAAUCGUAUGCUUUUCAAAGGAAUCAUGUAAAUGAAUCUAUCUCUAAAUGACUUGGAUGGUGACUACAUUGUUUUUUUACUUUAACUAUGUUCUUUUGUUUUGAAUAAAAUGUUGUCAUAAGUCUUA